AUGCCGAUCUGCACUCUCCACCUCCUCGCUCUGAAGGAAUCAACAGACGCACAGUCCUACGUCCAAGAAUUACAAAAAUCAACCAAAGUGAUCCUCGCCUCAAGACCCCGACACAUCGUAAUCCACCCAACAAACCUGGAUACAACCCCGCUAGCAACAGAGCCAUGGGAUCUCCUCCUCCUUCUCCAACCAAAAGCAAACACGACCGAAAACCCUAUCCCAACCUCACUCCGCACCGCCAUAAAAUCAGAAUACAAAAUACCAACAGGGAUCCCCUCAAAACUACUCACCAGCUACACGACCCGCAACAAAGUCCUUCAGGAAAAAUCCUCAUCAAUCCCCUUAACGGGAUCGCUUGAAAAACUCCUCGCCAGCGGCAGCAAAUCAAGCUCGCAAAAUCUAGAAAUCUCCUCGAGUCUCAUAUCCUUCAUGGACGAGCUAUCCCAAACGCAUCCCGGCCCUGUAACAAUGCUCAAUCUUCUGCAUUUCCAGCAACCCGGUGGUAAGAAGAGUUAUUACCAGUACGGUCAGGCGUUUGUCCCUGUCGCAGGCAAACGCGGCGGGGAUGCUAAGCUGGUUGGUAAUGUGGUGACACCGCAGCACGGCAGCAAAGAUCCAAGUUCAAGUUCCCGGGCCGCUGUGGCGGAGGAGUGGUGGAAUGAAAUUUCCCUUGUGCAUUAUCCUUCUAUUCGACAUUUCUGCGAUAUGCUCGCUGGUGAUGAUUAUCAGGCCAUUAAUGAGAAAUAUCGGCUUUCGGCACUUCGUGAUACCUUUCUCUUGUGUACCACCGAGUUAAACCUUGAUGGGCAAGGACUUGAGAUGAAAGAGUCGACUGAAGCGAGUACAAAUUGA